AGAUAGAAAAUAGGAAAAUAAGUAAACGAACACUCGCACAUCUUGGAAGUCCUUGAAUCUGAGAAAAAAAUACAGAGAGAGAAGAAGCUGAAGAGGGACAAACGAUGAUCGGAGUAGGGAAGAUCAAGCAGUACUCCAACGUUCUCGACAAGCCCCUUGCCAAGGGCAAGCAAGAGGUGAGUUUGAGUGCGUUUGCCUUCUUGUUUUCGGAGCUUGUGCAGUAUAAUCAGACACAGGUGGACAAUAUCGCCGAGUUAGAAAGAAGGCUGGAGGAUGCAGGCUAUGCUGUCGGUGCUCGAGUUUUGGAACUUCUUUGCCAUAGGGAUAAGGGAAAUAGAAGGGAAACACGAUUGCUGGGCAUUCUCUCCUUUGUACACAGUACAGUGUGGAAGGUGUUAUUUGGAAAGGUGGCUGACUCGCUUGAGAAAGGCACCGAACAUGAAGAUGAAUACAUGAUCAGUGAAAAGGAGCUCCUUGUUAACAGAUUUAUUUCGAUUCCAAAAGACAUGGGAACAUUUAAUUGUGGGGCGUUUGUCGCUGGAAUAGUAAGGGGUGUUUUGGACAGUGCUGGUUUUCCAGCUGUUGUCACAGCUCAUUUUGUGCCAAUGGAAGGUCAGCAGCGACCCCGGACUACCAUUUUGAUAAAAUUUGCUGAAGAGGUACUACGAAGAGAAGCGAGGUUAGGUUAAUGUAUGUGCCAGGAUUUAUUACAUGUAAUGUUUGGAUGCUUAGCAAGAACGUGAUGAAUAUAUGUUAAUGCUCUCGAACGACUUGAUGGACUCUGGAACAUUUUUGGCCAUUCACUUGCCAAUUCUGUCACUCUGGCCAAUUUGAGUCUAUCAUUGAUUUGUAUUGAUAUAUACUCCACUUCAUGCCACAAACUUGCAAAUGGAUUUGAAGGUAAUCUAUGGAGGGAGCUCCUUUUAUUUA